GAACUUUUUUUUAUCUCGACUAUUGUCUUAUUAUUUUUUGUGCAUUUUAAUUUCAGCAAUUAGCCUAGAAAUAAUGACAUUUCUAUAUCAUUGUCAAAGUGUGUUAUGAUUUAAGAUGUAAUGAUUUGAACUCGAAAGAUAUUUAACUUACUAUCAUAAUAAACAAAGAAAAUCAGCAAACAUUUGAGAGGCUUGAAAAGAAUGACUGUGAAGUGAUUGAUCGAUUAUCAAAAUAGUUGGCGCUAAAUUUUCAGUCAAAUAUAUUCAAACUCAAAGUUAUUUAAUUAACUAACAAAAGAGAAAGAAACCAGCAAAUAUUCAAAUUUAUUAAGAUGACUUUUUUUUGCUUUAAAAUGCUGAACUUCCUGUGAAGUGACAAAUGGAUUAAUUGACUCCAUCAAUCCAUUUGAUUUUAGCUUUAAUAUGAAUCUUUUCUGUGCUUUCAUUUCUGUUUCUGUGUCAGGGGAUGGCGGCUGUGUAUCACAGUUAAAGAUUAUCCUCCUCGGUGGCAGAAACUGUGGAAAGAGCUCUGUGGGGAACUUAAUCCUGGGCAAAGAGGAGUUCGUCACCAAAGAGAGGACCUCGUGCUCCAGGAGACUGGCUGCGGUGGCCGGCCGGUGGCUCACGGUGGUGGACACUCCCGGCUGGUGGUGCGACUUCAGCUCCCAGGAUACAUCUGAGCUGGUGAAGAGGGAGAUCGUAAGCAGCGUCUCCCUGUGCGCACCAGGCCCGCAUGUAUUUCUGAUCACAAUCAAGGCGAGCUCGGGCUUCUCAGAGAAGCGUCGGAGGGCCGUGGAGGAGCACGUGGCCCUGCUGGGCGAGAGGGUGUGGAGUCACUGCAUGGUCGUCUUCGCCUCUGCUGAUGGGGCCAAACGCACAGGAGCCGAGGAGCUCGUACAGAGGGGGGGAGAGGCCCUCCGCUGGCUCAGUGGGAAGUGCGGUCAGAGGUGUCACAGCUUUAUCUCGGGCGAUGACACCGAAGUCACCGAGCUGCUGGAGAAGAUACAGAAAGUUGUCGCGGGAAACGGAGUGUUCGAAAUGCAGGAAAGCAUUUUGCAGGCGACUGCGGAGGAGAAGAGGAGAGUGGAGGAGAGGGCUCGGCAGAGGUUUGUGAGAAUGAAGAAACACAGAUCUCUCAUGAGAGAGAGUUUGCGGCCCGUAAGUUAUCUCCGGAUUGUGUUGGUGGGAGCGAAGGGUUCUGGGAAAAGCUCCACUCUGAACACAAUCCUGAGCAGAGAGAGCGGCCAGCGAGCGAGGAGAACGUCCCGGUGUCUGGCUGGAAAAGGAGUGGUGUUUGGGAGACAGGUGACCGUGGUGGACACACCGGGCUGGUGGAUGAACUACUUCUGUGGCGAGAGUCCCGUCUUUGACCGGAGGGAGCUGGUGCUCGGUUCGUCCCUCUGCCCUCCGGGGCCUCACGUCUUCCUGCUGGUGAUCCGUGUGGACAGAGCCUUCACCGAAACCUACAGGAGGGCAGCGGAGGAGCACCUCCGGCUGAUCGGCGAACACAUCUGGAGUCGCGUCAUCGUGCUGUUCAGUUUCGGGGACUGGCUCGGGGGCACGACCACCGAGCAGUGCAUCGAGAGCGAGGGAGAGCCUCUGCGGUGGCUCGUAGAGAGAUGCGGCAACAGGUAUCACGUCCUGAACAACAAAACGAAAGGGGAUGGGUUUCAAGUCCGAGAGCUGAUUGGGAAGAUUGAAGAAAUGUUGGCCGGCUGCAACGGCUGCCGGCAUCAUGGAAUAGAGAGGGAAGUGGUGGAAGAGUUGGAGGGGGAGAUGAGGGGAGAGGAGGAGAGAGCCAAGGAGAGACUGAUGAGGAAGGAGAAACAAAGGAAGACGGCGAGGUCUCAGCUGGAGAAGCUCGACCCUAUUACGGAACUGAGAAUAGUGCUGAUUGGCGGCAGGAAAACAGGUAAGAGCUCAUGUGCGGACACCAUCCUGGGCAGACAGUGCUUCCACACAGAAACCCAAACCGCUUCCUGCUCCGAAAAACGAGCCACAAUCAGCGGCAAGACGGUGGCAGUGCUGGACACGCAGGGCUGCUUCUCCGUGACCUCUGAGCUCCUCCACGCGGCGUCCAGCGUCAUCCUCCUGGUCGUCAACGUGAGCUCCUCCUUCGACGCUGACCACGCGGAGGCCACGGAGAAACAGCUGGAGGCGGGAGGAGGCCAGAUGUGGAGCAGAGCUGCGGUCCUGUUCAGCCACGGCGAUUGGCUGGGCGACACGAGCAUCGAGCAGCGCAUCGAGAGUGAAGGGGAGCCGCUGCAGAGGCUCGUGGAGAGGUGCGGGAACAGAUAUCACGUCUUGGAUAACAAACACCGGGGGGAGGGCGCUCAGGUUAACGACCUCAUCGACCUGAUCGAGGAGACGCUGGUUGAAGACAGGCUGGCUAUUCUUCACAGAGGGGAUCACAUGUGGAUACGGGAUUCUUUGCGAGAUGUGACGCUGUGUGAAAAAGAUCUAAAGAUGAUCACGAGGUGCAGGCAUCAGCUGUCCCAUGACCUGACUGCAUCAGCCAAUCCCACCACUCAAACAUCUCUAAACCGCUCAGGAGGCCCUGGAAGUCAGAUAGUGGCACUACCAGCAGGAAGAACAGCACGGACUGGACUCAACAUCCUGGAGAGAGACCGCUUCCUGUCCUGUUUAGCCUCUAUGCUCUCUGGUGAAGCAGCACCCAGGUGGACCGUGAAUCUGCCCGUCUGGCUCCCGACUGAUGAUCUUCACCUGAGACUGAACGGUGCACGCCGUCCGUUCUCGUCCACACAUCCAACAGUGCUUCUGGUUGUGCCUCAAACACAACACGGGAUAGUUGUGGAGGAAAAUGGCCUCGGCGUGCAUUCGCUCUGCCAGCGCGCGCUGAGAGGGCGGACUCUCAGGAGGCUCAGUGAGGCCGGAGGUCUGCAGGCGCUGAUCGACCAGUGGGACGACAGCAGCCUGGAGGAGCUGGAAGCCUUCAUUGACUCGUACUUUGAGAUGAUUUGGGAGCAAACUAUGGGGUCAUUUCAGGAACCUGUCCGUCCCACCGCAGAGCAGGAGGCUGUCGUUGAGGAGGAGGCCGGACAGCAGGAGGUACUCUCAUCCAUCGACAGGAAGCUUUCAAAGCUGGAGCUCCUUGAGGAGAUCAGGAUGGAUCUGGCUGAACUGAGGAGGAGUCUGGAGAACAGCUGGAGGGCCAUACAGGAAGUCAGAGGAAAAAGUAAACAGGACGAUGAUCAUGUUGAUACCAAGAUGGAGUAAAUCGUUAUCUCAUAUCGUCAACAUUGAUCUAUGUGUUUUUCUAUGAAGUAAAAAAUAAAUUUUGAAUUUGACUGAAGGAGUUACAAUUCUGUUAUGACACGUUUGCCUGAUUUAUUAUAUUCAUCCACCAGGGGGAGCUGUUGCACAAGAGUAGGUUGUUAUGUGGCUGCUGAAACAUAAAAUGUUCAGCAGUGAUGAAAGAAGUACUCAAAUCUUUCAGUACUCAGCCUCACUAGGGACAGUUUGGGCUUUUUAAUUUAAUUUUUUUAUCAUUGCGGCUGUGUUGAAUCAUAUAGCGUACAUUUUGGCAAAGGUGUGAGUUUUUUUUUAAAAUGAUUUACUUGGAAGUUCAGUCUCAGCUCCUGUAAUAAACUGUGUGGCCAAAAUACACACCCUUAAGGACAAAAUGUCCCCAUUAAAAACACAAUGUUUGAUCCCACAACCCAGUAUAAAAUCAUGCAUUCUGUUAUAUCAGGCUGUCAAUCUAGAGCCCCGUCCUUUAAAUCGUAUUUUUUUACUAUUGAGCUAUUUUAUCAUGUUUGCCCUUUGGGGCAAAUACAUGCUACGUUUAUGGUUCCCUGCACAAAAAAAUAAAAUGCAUCAAAAUCAAUGUUGUUGCUAAUCAUUGACAUAUUCCAGACUGUAAAGAAAUAGAAAUUGAAAAAUAAUAUGAAUAUGUAAUAUUUUUCCGGCAUUUUUUUUACGCAGACAUUUUGAUCCUCUGAGGACAUCAGAGACAUACACUAUAUGGCCAAAAGUAUAGUGGGCACUUACAAUACUCCAUAUGUGUUAUUAAACAUUCAUCUGCUG